AUGAUGGCAGAUGGCGAUGGAAAGGACCCGAAGGCGGCCAAGAAGGGCUAUCCAGAGAAGGAGCAAUCCAAGGAGGAGCCCGACGUGCCAGAGGAUGCCGCAGCCAAGAAGAAAAAGAAGAGCAAGAAGAAGAAGGACACCCCAGCCGCAGCGCAGGAGGGAGAAGCUGCCCCUGCAAGUGCGGAAGCUGUGGCUCCUUCACCCGAUGCUGCACCGGACGGUGAGGAGGAUGUGGCGGAUGCAGGAGCCAAGAAGAAGAGCAAGAAGAAGAAGAAGGCUGGAGGUGAUGGAGGUGCCCUGGCAAAGGCUUUCAUCCCCGAGCAGGACAACAGCGCGCUCCGGGGGCUCAAGAACUGGCCAGCGGUGCCCUCGUCGCGGCAAAGCCCGGCCUUCGACGUUCCCGUGAGCGAGCAGUACCCCGACGGUGACUUCCCUUCUGGGGUUUGCGUCGAGUACAUGGGUGCCAACUCCUUCCGGACGACCUCCGCCGAGAAGCGCGAGCUCGAGCGCCUCGCCUCCUACGACUACGAGAAGAUCCGGAAAGCUGGAGAGGUCCACCGGCAGGUCAGGAAGUACGUGCAGUCCUACGUGAAGCCUGGUUUGAAGAUGACGGAGAUCUGCCAGCGCCUGGAGAGAAAAACCCACGAGCUGGUAGUUGCAAACGGCCUGGAGGCAGGAUGGGGCUUCCCAACCGGUUGCUCCCUGAACUGGGUGGCCGCCCACUACACCCCGAACUACGGGGACGAGACGGUCCUGCAGUACGACGACGUCUGCAAGCUGGACUUCGGCGUUCAAGUCGGUGGUCGCAUCGUCGACUCCGCCUUUACCAUCGCCUUCAAUCAGAGGUAUGACCCCAUCAUCGAGGCCAGCCAGGAUGGCACCAACACCGGAGUGAGGGAGGCGGGCAUCGAUGCGCGCUUCACGGACAUCGGGGCCGCCAUUCAGGAGGCCAUUGAGUCCUACGAGAUUGAGCUCAACGGCAAGACCUGGCCCAUCAAGUCGGUUCGGAACCUGAACGGCCACUCCAUCGAGCCCUACCACAUCCACGGCGCCAAGUCGGUGCCCAUUGUCAAGAACCAGUGCCCCUCCAUCAUGGAGGAGGGGGAGUUCUACGCCAUUGAAACCUUUGCCUCCAAUGGCAAAGGCUACGUGGUGGAGGAUCUGGAGUGCUCCCACUACAUGAAGAUCUUCGAUGCUCCGCACGUGCCACUGCGCGUGAAGAGCUCCAAGGCCCUGCUCCAUGCGAUUGAGCAGAACUUCGGAACCUUAGGAUUCUGCCGGCGCUGGUUGGAUGACCUGGGCCAGACGCGCCAUUUGAUGGCUUUGAAGAACCUGGUGGACAACGACAUUGUCCAGCCCUAUCCGCCCCUUUGCGAUGCGAAGGGCUCCUACGUGACACAGAUGGAGCACACCCUUCUGCUGCGGCCGACGUGCAAGGAGGUGAUCUCUCGGGGUGACGACUACUGA